AGGCUGCCGUCCAUUGAUAAGACGAGAGUGACGGGGGCGGCCGCCCGUUCGCGUCGCUCAGUUCCUUGCGAGGUGCGCGCGGCACGAGGUGCGAAUGUGUUCAUGUUCUGUGAUCGCGUAGUUAAGUGUAUAUGGUGGCGUUUGGUUUACGGGGAUGCGCGCGUGCGAUGCUCUGUGCGACAGCGAUGCGGCGCGCGGAGGACGAGAGCGCGCGCCAGGAGGACGACGAGUUCGUGGACAUCUCACAGAUGCAGUUGCUGGAGGCCGGCCCGUCGCACGGGCCCUACGCGGUGCCUUACGCCGGCCCGCCGCCACCGCUCGCGCAGCCACAGCCCUACCACUCGCCGGCCACGACGUCGGUCGACGAUUUCUUCGCGCUUUAUUUUACGCCGACUACACACGGUACAUUACCAGGCGAUGAGUUAUCACUAGGAUGUUCGCCACGACGCCACAAGCAUGAAUCGUCUCUAUCUCCUGGCACACGCGCAGAAGACGCCAGUAAUGCAUCAAGUGCUAGUGCCUCAUUAUAUGGGCCCCCCAUGGGUGCUAAACGCGCCCCCUCGCCACCAUUACAGUGGCUGCUGCCGUCUGGCCCGGGGCCCGGCAGCGUCGACAAGUACUUCCAGCAGGAGUACGAGGAGCGCGUCGAGCUCCUUCCGCCCGAAUGCCAACCGCAGGCCUAUUGCCCGCCACAGCCGUGCCCUCCACAACAUUGCGAGUAUCGGCCACCACCGCAGCCGCAACCACAGCAGCAGCACACCUGGGAAACACAAGAGUACGCCAGCGUGCCGCAGCCUACGCCCGGGCCAUCAGGACUUCCAAAACGCGAGCCCUACCCGAGUCCCGUUUCGGACAGGCCAGUCCAACUCGCCGAGUACAAUCCUUCCACGAGCAAGGGUCACGAGAUUCUCUCCCAGGUCUACCAGCAGAGCGCGCAGCCACUGCGCCUGAUGCCCGUUAAACCGCGCAAGUAUCCCAACAGGCCGAGCAAGACCCCGGUCCACGAACGGCCGUACGCCUGCCCCGUCGAAGGCUGCGACCGCCGCUUCUCCCGUUCGGAUGAGCUGACGCGGCACAUUAGGAUACACACGGGUCAGAAGCCCUUCCAGUGCCGCAUCUGCAUGAGAUCAUUCAGCCGGUCGGACCACCUCACGACCCAUGUCCGCACGCACACGGGCGAGAAACCGUUCGCAUGUGACGUGUGCGGCCGCAAGUUCGCACGAUCCGAUGAGAAAAAGCGGCACGCGAAGGUUCACCUCAAGCAGCGGUUGAAGCGCGAACGCGGCGGACCUCAUGACCACUCUCACGCGCCGCUCUAGCCCCGCGCCGUCGCCACUCCGGCGACUGCAACUGUGACCACAGCGACCGUGACCACGGCGACGGUGACCGUGGCGACGACGUCGCCGGCGAGCGUCGCGCCUUCGCCCUACGGCGCAGGUGAUAUGCCCGAUCCCCCCUCGCCACAAAAUUGAACUAUUAAUAUUUUUCACGUUGAAGUUAUCAAAUAAUUUCAUCGCCUAGGUGUAAAAUCGUCUUUAACGAAGCUUUAUUAACAUUUGUAAAUUCAUUGAAAUUUAUAUAUAUAUAUCUUUUUAUACAUAUUUGUAAUUAUUGCGAUAGGUAAUGAUCAACUCGAUGUAUUUAUUUGGAUUAGAUAGGAUAAUUGAAUGAAAUAGACUGGGAACAAAUUGUAAGAAAUGGCCUAAUGUGACUAGUACGCACCGGGAGGAGACAGAAGCCGGUGCAGUGCGAACACAUAUCCUUCUCUUGUUUUAGCUUCAGUAGAUAAGAUUUAUAACUGAGGUCUCGCGCAUCGAAACGUGUUCAGUGAGUGAUAGGUGAUGACUAUACGAUAGUGUACGGUGAUCGAGUGUUGGUCACUCAGUUCGGAUCAUUUAACUAGCACAUAUUGAUGUUGUACUGUUAUCCGGUCAAACAUUUUGUAACACUACCUUUUCGUGCGUUAAUUGUUUAGAUAUAAGUGAUUUUAUAAUGUUCUUGUACUUGAAACUAACGUGAAACAGUGCCAUUCAUUAACUUUACUGCGUGCCACGGCUGAUUUUUAGUAGUAAGUAACAUGACUGUUGUUAAGUAAUAAUUUUACAUGAAGUUCGUUUCGAUUUUCUAGUCGUAGUUAUGGGUGUGAAAGUAUUCUGUAUCCUAACUGCGGAUCUGUAGUUUCCGACUUUAGAUUUGUUUUCGACAAUCUGUCAAUCUUUCUUUGCUCAAGAUUUAAUUUAACUAAAUUUGCUCAAUACUCUGUCGUUUCGUAUAUUUCAACUUACCGUCUUAUUCCCAGUGGCAUGUUUUAUUAAAGUAAUUAGACUAAUCUAGCAAAGUUAAUAGAGUAGGAUUUAAAUUAUGAUCUCUUAAUCAUUAUUAAUUAUUUACAUUAAAAGGCCCUUAUUUAUAAUACUCAUAAGAUUCUUAAUACGUAGCUAUACUAAAUUUUUUGGUGUUGAAGUUUACACUGGAUCAUAGGCGUUACGUGUUUGCACGUGGAACUUACGACACACACAAACUUAGACUACAUAAGUGUUGAACGAGCACAAAUAAUUGCCUUUUCUUAAUGGUUGUUUAAGAGUGUUCUAAAUUAUAUAUAUGCAUCACAUACAUUUAAAAAUCGUCAUUCUGAAGAUCAAACAGGGUGGGCCUUUUAGACUCGAGUUUGGGCGUUUCGAAUUAAAAACAACUGACAAUAAUAAUACUAACUAUGCCAACGCUAAUAGAACAAUAGAACGAGCUGUUUUUUCUUCGUUUGGGAAAGUUAAGGCUACCGCAAAUAGUUCGCGAUUCACCUCUUGUUAGCUUUUGUUAAGUGUGGCUCUAAAGUUUAUACUGUUUUUACUAUUGUAGAUGAGACGAAGUCUCUUAGACAAGGCUAGCGUAGGUAGGUAUUUUUAAACGUGUAAACAAAUUAAAUGUGUGACUAUUGAAACGGAAAAGACUAAAUUCUAACAUUUUAUGUAUUGUUACAUCGCGUUAAAGUUAUCGAUGUACGGAGUUGAAUUGGGUCUUGCAAUCUACUUUUUACAGAGUCUGUGGAGUUAAGGUGACAGAACUUUUCAUUGUUAAGUAUUGAGUCUUGCGGUGCUGCCGAUAUAGAGCUGCUGUCAUUCUAAGAAAUGUUGGGAGAAAUUAACUCGUAAUGUGAAGGCAAUAUACGUCUCGUCUCUCUAGCCUUUGGCGAUAUUUUAAUGCUUUACGGUGUUCACACUUUUGUGAAUUUGUACGAAUUUCCUAUACUGUUAUUACACAUUAGUCUUAUCUUGUGCGUUCGCCAGAGUGAAAAAUGUUGUUGAUGUUCUAUUAUAGAUAGUGAUAAGAAUAAUUUUAGGUAUUGUUAAAUUUCUCUAAUUUUUACUAAAUUCUAUUUAAUAUAUUUGUAAAUACACUGACUAUGUUUUGAUUUAAUGUGUAUA